ACACAAUGUUUCUGCAGGCUGUUCAGUGGAACCCUGCGCCACACCGCUCUCUAGUUUGGGUACUGCUGAAACAAAAAGGACAAGAUGGCUCUGACGAACCCCAUGCCCAUGGGUCCCUGGAAGAUCACUGUGUACGACCAGGAGUACUUCCAGGGCCGGCGUAUGGAGUUCACUGCAUGCUGCCAGAACAUCAUGGAGUGUGGGAUGGAGAAUAUCCGCUCUCUGAAGGUCGAGUGUGGCGCCUGGGUGGGCUACGAGCACUCCAGCUUCUGUGGCCAGCAGUUUGUGCUGGAGAAGGGAGACUACCCUCGCUUUGAGGCCUACAGCGGCAGCAACUCCUACCGCAUCGAGAGGAUGAUGUCCUUCAGACCCAUCUGCUGCGCCAGCCACAAGGAGUCUCGUAUGACCAUCUUCGAGACGGAGAACAUGAUGGGCCGUCAGUUCGAGCUGUGCGAUGACUACCCCUCUCUGCAGGCCAUGGGCUGGAUGAACAACGAGGUCGGAUCCAUGCAGGUUCACAGCGGAGCCUUCGUGUGCUACCAGUAUCCUGGUUACCGUGGCCACCAGUACAUCAUGGAGUGUGACUGUCACGGAGGAGAGUACAAGUGUUACCGUGAGUUCGGUUCCCAUGCCCAGACUCCCCAGAUUCAGUCCAUCAGGAGGAUCCAGCACUGAGAGGGAAGGACUUUCUUCAUACCUCCCUACCUCCUCUUCUUCUUUCUUUCCCUUGCUUCCUCCUUCUUUCUUCAUCCUCUCUCACAACAUCCUCCUCCUACUCCUGAACACUGCUGCUUCAAAUCAGGAUCUGGCACUGGUCUUCAGGUGUUUUACUGACGUCAGUGGCUCCUCAUAAAAGGAAACGCCACAAAUCAAGGAAAGAUCUGAGAAAGACAGAAAAUAGGAACGACAGAAGGGAGAUUUAACAAAUUGCUGAAUCGAUGAAAAUAAAAGGCCUCGUCUUCUGAAGUUUGCUGCAGAACAGUGAUGGAUGCGCCGCAGAGUUUGUUGCUGUUUCUCAUCUCCUUGACCUCAUUUUCUUCUACAUCAUCACAACAACCAGUCUUGUUGUUACUGUGAUAUCCAUGACUGCCUGUGUUCAAGAAGAUGAAUAAAGAGAAUGAGCAAUAAGAUUCACAAUAA